AUAUUUCAUUCACUGCAGGAAACUGUCGUGUACGCUAAUGUUAAACAUAAAUAUAAUUCAGAGCAAGCUGACUUAAUUAGUGUUAAGCUGUGAAGUGCAUAAAAUUAGUACAAUGGAAUAGGACGACGACGACGACGUAUGCACGUCAUAAUCGUAAAGACAUUAUGCAAAUUCGAAAACGCAAUGUAGUUGCAAUAUCAUCGUCACCAAGGAAUGAGAAGCGUUUCUUCCAACCGAGAGAUUUCUCACUUCUCACGAAUGGUUUUUGACUCUCGUGGAGCAGUGCAGCACGAAAUAGGCGAGAGUUGGGUUGUUGGCGCAGUGAAAAGUUCAGAGUUCAUUUUGUUCCUUGUAAAAAUAAAACUUGAUACGGCAAUCCAGUGAGAAGUGAAAAUAAUUUAAUCUGCACAUUUAUUUUUGGUCAACAGCAGAUAAGAACUCGUCAUAGUCAAAUUUUUUGUGAUAUUUACAACGAUAAAGGAAAAGCAGGUCCUCUCUCUCUCUUUUGCUUGAAUCCAGGAAGUCACCUCUCAGCCAACCUCACCUUAUUUUCAGCUACUCGCUCAAUCGAUAAAAUCUGAUUACAGUUAUAAAAUAAAAGUCUUCCUGCUAUUAAACUUUGUGUUUUACAAAUAUUCUGCUAACCACAAACCCAGGAAAGAAUAUAGGGAAAUUAUUAUAUCGUCAUCCGAAAUUCAUACUGCAAACAAUUUCUGUGGGGCAAACCCAGUUGGACGCGGCCAUCCCCUCGUCACUACGCCUCCACACGAAUUCUGUCAAUUUAUUACCUACUGACCAGUGUGACCACUUACAAGCUCACCGAUUGCGAAUAUAAGAUCUCUAGCAGACUAAAAAUUUGACAAGUAUCUACGAAGCGCUUCAAUUCUCCUCUAAUGUCAAGCAGACUUCAUGCCUUCAUAUUCAUAUUCUGAAGAGUUGAACUCCAUUCUUACGAGAUACCAACAUCAUGUGGCAGACUAUGACAAGCAGAAAUGGGAAGUUUGUAUGGAACGGCGUAUUUUACACGGGAUUAAUCAUAUCCCAACAAAAUCUGCGAAAUUGCAGUCAUCCGAGCUUCAAUUGAUUGACUUGGAUUUAGUCCGAGGGUCAUCAUUUCCUAAAGCCAAGCCGAAGCAUGGGUUGUUCAAGGUCACAAGACAGGCCAUUUUGCGAUUCCUGUUCCUCCCUUUCUAUCAUGAAUGGUGGACAGAGCAAACAUCCUCCAAACUUUUUUCAGUUUUUCUGACCCUCUACUUUGCCCAAAUAGCAGUCCUUGUCAUUCAUCUUAACUUGUUCCCCUGUUAUUGGCUGCUCAACGUCUUCAACAAUGGGACGUUCAGCGAUGGAAACUUUAACAGCACGCCUCUCGGUACUGCUGCGGGUACUCAGCAAGAUGCUACUUUGCCUCAUCCAACGACAACAAUUCGACCUUUUGGACCUAGCCCGACUGCUGAUCAUGGGGAAAUUCUCAUCUCAGAAAUUCAAAUUAGUGAAAUUCUAUCACCAUUAUUUCUCAUGAUCGUGUUGACAAUCCUGCAUUCACAGAUUGUUGCCACAUAUGGGUCUAAAAGUGAAGAUUCAGGAGGGCUUCGAGACAAAAGUUUAAAGAAUAGACGAAAUAGUGGAAAAUCCAGAAGUAAACGACGGAUCUCUCGACGUCGAUCCACUACUAAAGUGGCAGUUAAUAACAUGACACCUUUUCAUAGGGAAGGGUCUCAAGAAAGAGGAUGUUAUCAGUCAUCCGCCAGUCGAAGAGUAUUUUUCCAGGAUGAGUCAAAUUUUGAGUCAAAAUCUUGGACAAGCUCUAAUUCUGAUAAGGAUGAAGGAAUUGUGGACGAGAUGGUUAGUCAUGAAAAUCAGGAAAGCGGAGAAACAGAACCAGAGGCUAUGAAGAAGUGUGGAAGGCGGCUAUCUGGGGAAGUACAGACUAUUGUUGAGAAAAACAUUAUUGAAGCAAACUUGAAUGCCACAAUUAGAAAAUUUGCUGAAGAGGAAGCAAUUGCGGUUCAUCAGCAAAAACAAAGUGAAUGCUUAAGACCAACCAAAGAUGAUCUGGAAAACUGUUCGAUAGGGAAUUCUGCUGCAGCCAAGAACCCAUUUCCAAUUGAUUCCACGUUUGGUUUAAGAUCAAAUUUAAGAAAACGAAACGUCAGCAAAGUAUCAGAAAUCAGUACGACAAGUUGCGCAGAUUGUAGUAGCAAUAACAAUGAGUCUUCGACAGAGGACGAGUAUCGGGAAGCUACAAUGGAGGAAGAUGAAGAAAUGAGAUCAAAAUCCGAGUGGACAGCAGUUACCACAAACAGUGAAGACGACGACUACGAUGAGGAAAAUAUCAAUUCCGAGGACGACGAUGAAAUGACGGAAGCUCAACUUCACGAUCAUCCAUUUGCAUGGGAGUUUCAAAAGCACUCGAUGAAGACGAUAAGCCCAAGUUGUGUAGCUGCCGAUAAAAUUAGCGUAACAAUAUGGGAUGGGCCCUGUCCCAUGAAGGCAGACUUAACAGUCCUCGACAUCAGUUCAUCAAUUAUUGCAAAAGUUGAAAGAGCAAAGGAAAACUCUGAUUACAUUUACCUGGGAAUAUUUUUCAGUGUAAUGAUCGCAUUUUUGCCAUGCUUCUGGAGACUUAACAAUGGUCUUGAAAUUGAUGAAUUUCAUAUUGAAAAACUUGGUACAUACUUGAACGACGCAUUCAACUGUGCAUUUUUGCACAGUUUUAGGUUUAGAUUGGUGACCCUGAUAUCAAUCGCUGAACGAUUGUGUCUUUCAUUGUUCGUUUUCUUCUUGCUGGCAGUUGCCGAGAAAACCUACAAGCAAAGAUUCCUCUAUGCAAAAUUAUUCUCUCGUUUAACAAGCACGCGAAAAGCAAGAAAGUCUGGAAUACCACAUUUUAGACUGAACAAAGUGCGCAAUAUUAAGAUAUGGUUAUCCAUUCGAUCUUACUUGCAGCGUCGAGGCCCUCAGCGAUCGGUCGACACGAUUGUUUCUGGAACAUUUAUCACCACCCUUUUCCUGAUAUUUUUUCUCUCAGUUGAACUGCUGAAGGACUCGAAUAGGAUGUAUUACCUAUACAAUAUUGAGGUCAUUUGUUGGUCUUUGUGUUUGUGCUUCUACUUGAUGCGAUUUAUGACACUUGGAUCAAGAAUUAGUCAAAAAUAUCGGAAUUUAUCUGUGAUACUCACGGAGCAAUUGAAUCUCUACCUGAAAAUGGAGCAGAAACCUCAUAAAAAAGACGAACUUCUAGUCGCCAACAAUGUCUUAAAAUUGGCAUCGGAGCUUCUUAAGGAACUGGAAGAUCCGUUCAAGAUAUCAAGUUUUGCCAGCAACCCAUACUUGUACAACGUGACGAGGCUUGUCAUUCUUUCCGCCUUCAGUGGAGUACUCUCGGAAAUGCUGGGUUUCAAAUUGAAGCUAUAUAAAAUUAAAAUUAAGUAACUCAUUUACUCACUCAUUAUAACACCAUAAUCUCAAGUCGGAUGGCAGAAUCUAGAACAUCGUGAUAAAUGGAAAAGUCAGUAGCUAUUAAAUCUCAGAGUGUACUAAGAAAGGAGUAACUGCCAUUAGAUCAUUCACUCAUGUCGACGACGACACAUGCAAAAUUAGCGUAGUCUCGUUGUACUUCAAUCGUAUUAGAUAUAAUGAGAUAAAAGUUGAAAAAUCAGAAUAUAAAAUUAUAAAAUCGGAUUAUUCUAAUGUCUUGCUAGGACACGCACAUACUUACAAAAAAGUCGCAGCUACAUAUAUAAUACAUAUUAUUAAUAUUUAUAGACUUUAUUGUUUUGACAAACAAACCUAAUUUUAUGUAUAAUUUAGUCAUACACAGCUUAAUUUUUGUCUAUAAAUGCUAAGUUUAAAAAGUCUUACAUAUUGUAAACUGGCUAUGUCGCCAGUUGACCCCUAGCAUAUCUCAUCGUAGUUUUAUUUCAAAUUGAAGUCUCAACUGAUGCAUUUAGAAAAGUUUUAAUUUUUUAUCAACUUAUUGUUUCGAAAGAAAGUUACAGUCGCUGCAAGAUGAAUUAAAUCAAUGUCUAUAACAUAAUAAUAAAACUGAGGAAACUUGUAUCAAA